AGUACCAGCCCUAACAUACUUCCAGCAAACUCACCCCUAACCCCUUCCCUCAGCGACAGCUGUCUCGCGAUCGAAGUGCUAGAGACAGCCAACGGCCACAGCCACCGAUUCCACCGGCGUCGCCAACAGCCACAGCCACAGCCACAGCCACUCACGAUUGGAUGGGGAGGCACAGCCAUUUGUUCAGUUAGACCUAAUUGAAUGAAAUUAAGGUUCUCUUUGGAAGGUUGAAAUUUGAAGGCUUCAAGAUUUCAUGGCCUGCAUGUGAUAAUGGACCUGGAAAGGUGGAUAUGAAAACCGUUAAAUUGGAGUCAGAUUUGGUUGGGAGUGGAUUACAAGGGGAAAAUCAUCAAAAUGCGCAAUUGGCUGAGUUCAGAAACUCCAUUGCACAAUCUGGGAGACAAGAAUUUGAAGAAAAUAGAUGCUCAACUGCAUUGAGUAACGGUCAGAGUGCCUCAAGCGUAUUAGAACAAGGACAAUCUCCAGUAGAUGACACUGGCAUUUCUUCUGCAUCAACCAUAUGUCCAGCUCCAUUAUGUCGUCAAUUUUGGAAAGCUGGGAACUAUGAUGAUGGGCUUGGUUCCAAGGUCACAUUUCAAAAUGGCAAAAAUUAUCUCCAUGUCCAUCCCAUGUUUCUUCAUUCCAAUGCCACUUCACACAAAUGGGCAUUUGGUGCCAUAGCGGAACUGCUUGAUAAUGCUAUUGACGAGAUCCAAAAUGGAGCCAGUUUUGUCAUUGUAGAUAAAACUCUAAAUCCAAGAGAUGGGAGUCCAGCACUGUUGAUUCAAGACAAUGGUGGUGGAAUGGAUCCAGAAGCAAUGCGGCGAUGCAUGAGUUUUGGGUUCUCAGAUAAAAAAAACAAAUCUGCUAUUGGACAAUAUGGUAACGGCUUUAAAACUAGCACUAUGAGACUUGGGGCUGAUGUUAUUGUUUUCAGUCGCCACUUGCAUGAGAGGGCAUUGACACAAAGCAUUGGCCUUCUCUCUUAUACAUUUUUGUCACGAACAGGCCAUGACAGGAUAGUAGUGCCUAUGGUGGAUUAUGAGUUUAACUCUGCAAAAGGGAAAUUAGAAUUUUCUCAACGCCGUGGCAAAGAGCACUUUAUGUCUAAUCUCUCUAUGCUAUUGCAAUGGUCUCCCUAUUCAACAGAAGCUGAGCUUCUAAAGCAAUUUGAUGACAUAGGAUCACGUGGCACAAAAGUUAUCAUCUAUAAUUUAUGGUUAAACGACGAUGGGAUUGUGGAGCUAGACUUUGAUACAGAUCCUGAGGAUAUUCGUAUUGGUGGGGAUAUAAAAAAAGUUGACACAAUCCCUGCUUGGAGGACAGUUAAUGAACAGCACAUUGCUAACCGGUUGCACUACUCUCUUCGAGCGUAUUUGUCCAUCUUAUACUUGCGGACACCUGAAACUUUCCAAAUAAUAUUGCGUGGACGACUUGUUGAGAAUCAUAAUCUUGCUAAUGAUCUUAAAUUCCAAGAAUUCAUCUUGUAUAGACCACAAUCCGGUGGAUGUGUAGAGGGUCAAGUCAUAACUACGAUUGGGUUUCUAAAAGAAGCUCCACAUGUCUGUGUUCAUGGUUUCAAUGUCUACCACAAGAAUCGUCUAAUAUUGCCCUUCUGGCCAGUUGUGAGCUAUGCAGACAGUAGGGGUAGAGGGGUGGUUGGUGUUCUGGAAGCAAAUUUUAUUGAACCAACACACAACAAACAAGACUUUGAGAGAACUUCUCUUUUUCAAAAGCUUGAAGGUCGGUUGAAGGAGAUGACAUGGGAGUACUGGGAUUAUCAUUGUGGACUAAUUGGGUACCACGUCAGAAAAAAGUAUCCGGCCCCAGGGCCUAAACAGGAUUCAUCUCUUAUUAUGGCAAAUGGUAAAACAAAGCCUGUCAAGUUUAGUCAAAGCUCCCCUGCUGUUGGUAGUGCAAGAGCAUGGUCUGCCACAGGGUUACCUACAAAAAGGAAACCCUCUAAUGAUGUAAUGGAACUUGAAAGUGUGAAAAGGCGUGGACAAUCGGGGGCCAAUCCAAUUGUUUCGGGAAUGAGUUCGGAAGCACAGCCUGCCACUACUGCAAAUCAGUCAAGAUAUCAGGAAGCUGCAAACUUAAUUCAGGAGAACAAGAAACUCCAAGCACAAUGCCUGGAAUAUGAGAAGAGGAAUGAAGAACUUAAUACUAAGGUGACGCAGCUGAAGAAGGAGCUGGAAGAAGUUAAACGUGAUUAUGGCCAACUUAUGACUGAAGUAACAUCACUGGAUUUGAUAAAGGAGGAAAAUGAUGUACAUAUGUAGAUUUGAUCUGUAACUUUGCUUCAAUUCUUUUAUUGGUAGAACAGUCUGUUGUAUUUAUCCUGAAGUAGUGGGUCUUCAACCAUCAAUGGGCUUUGGGAUGAUCGAUCUAAGUUUUAGUCCUACUAUGACCUUUUGUGAAAGAGAAGAAAAUCAAAGUGUAGUCAGUGAUUUAGGUUAGAUUUUGAUUCAUAAGUAGUGACUAACCUCUAAUGUCUGCAACUCGUAGGUCAGGAAGUAGAACUGAUUUAGUGUUGUUUUGGGAAUUGUUCCCACCAAUGUACAUUCAAAUAGAAUCCUCUCACCCUCACAAGUAGUCGAUCCCUUCUUCCUGCACAUCAGGUAUUUGUUCUUUGACUUCAAUUUCUCGCUCAUUCUUACUUUGUACGACAGAGUAAUACACAUUAUAGCUAUAAAAGUUAUUUAUAUGCUCA